AGCGCUGGAGUGAGCGGGGCCGCGCCGGCUGCUGCGGCCCCGGCCCCGGCGGUACACGUGAGGCCCGACCCCCGCAGGCGGGGUCAGCUCCUGCUGCCGAGGGAUCCUCUGGAGAGAGAGCGUGGGUUUGGUGUUGGAUGAUGGGGGAACGGGGGGUUCGACUUCUCCAAACUCUCCUAGAGUUAUGUUCUUCAGCGUUUGAACGUGUGUAGUUGCACUUUUCAUUCUCCUUAUAGUUUCGCUGGAGUUAAACUUGAGCCGCCAGGAACGUGCUGGUUAAACUGCAGGUACCAGUUGAUAAGAAACAGCCAAAGUUUUACGGUGUCUUCUCAUAUGAUUUACCUAAUGAAUCAAUAUCAUUUCUGUGAGAGAGGAAGUUUUACCUGCAGUUUAUGUUACCUUUUUUUUACACACAGUGUAAAUGAUCUGCAGAUCGGGAUUUUCAGAAAUUUCAGGUUGGCUAUCAAGAAAUGAAGGUUACGAUGUGCUGUGUUGGACUGCGAAAUCUCUCCAAAGGCUGAGCAUCAGUGUCAAGUACUGCUCUAGUAUUAACUAUCUUCAAACAACAUGUCCUUGUAGGAAAAUUAAAGCAAAAAAAUGCCACAUCCUGAACUGUUCAGGAUGCACACACAGGACCGCACCAUCUGGAAGCAUCUUGCCGUGGAGAUUCUUUUCCUGCAAGGAAGGAACAAGAAUCUCCUCCAAAAGGAAGCAAAAUACAUCCGUAGUAACAUCAGAGCACAAGAAUCUUCUGAAAUCAGAGCAGGAAAACUGGAAUAACAUUUCACCAAUAUACAAACCCAUGACAAAGAGAAUCAAAGAAAAACUAGAAGAAUUGCACAACAAGUACGCAUUCAAUUCAGAAAGCCCAAGGAUGAGGUUUGGAAAGAAUGUGUACUUUGAAGAGAACGGCUGCAUAUUUCUUUCAAAAGCAGAUGAUGAUGAAGGAAAUGUUGACAUUUUAUUCAGUACUGACGAUCUUGGCUUUUCUGAUGCCUUUAUUCAACGAAUCAGAAUUUCACCAGAUCAGACAUACAUGGCCAUCAGCUUAAAAAGUGAAAGUUCUGAAGAGGCAACCUGUGUUAUUAUGAAACUUGGUCAUUUUCCUGUUGUGAAAAAAGUAAUUCCAAGUGUAUUUAGCUUUGAAUGGGCUGCAAAUGAUGUUCUGUAUUACACAACUCAGAAGAACCUUAAAUGCCAGAAUGUGUUUAUGACCACUUUCACUUAUCAGAAACAUACUAAGUUAGUUUAUACAGAACAAGAUGCAAGAUUCUUUGUAGACAUUUAUCUCACAAAAGACAGGCGUUUUCUCACUAUCAACAGCAACAGCAAGACAACCUCAGAAGUUUGGCUGGUUGACUGCAGAAAUCCUUUUGAGUUACCUGCACUUGUACAAGCACGAACAAAAGGGGUCAUUUACCACAUCGAGCAUAGAAAUGAUGAGUUAUAUAUUCUUACUACAUAUGGAGAACCUACAGAAUAUAAGUUGAUGAAGGCACCAGUAGCUUCCAGCAGCAAGGAGAACUGGCAGUUAGUUUAUGCACUGGAAAAGAAAACAAAGCUGGUAGACUUUGAGAUGUUCAGUGAUGACUGUAUUAUGUUCCUGAAGAACACUGGUCAUCUUUACCUAAAUGUGAUUUCUUUUGUUUCACACUCAGUUCAGUCAAUAAAGCUACCUACGUGGGCCUGUGAAUUUGAAUUGGAAUCUCAUCCUGAACAUACCACCAGCACUUGCUAUUUUCAGCUGUCCUCCCCAGUACACCCCCCUAAACGUUUUGCAUAUUCAUUUAAAGAAAAUAAUCUCAUUGAACAAGCUGUGCAAGAGGUACCAAUUAUUACAAAUUGUCACACUACACGUUUACUAGCUAAAAGCAAGGAUGAAACUUUGGUGCCAAUUACAGUUUUUCAUAAUAUGAAUUCUGAAGAGCUACACAGGAAACCACUUCUAGUUCAUGUAUAUGGAGCUUAUGGCAUAGAUUUGAACAUGAGCUUUAAAGAAGAGAAGCUGAUGUUAAUUGAAGAGGGUUGGAUAUUAGCAUAUUGCCAUGUUAGGGGUGGAGGAGAGCUAGGCCUUAGCUGGCACAAAGAUGGAUGUCAGCAUAAUAAACUCAAAGGUCUCCAUGACCUUAAGGCUUGCAUCAUGCUGCUGCACAAACUGGGGUUUUCUCAGCCAAAACACACAGCAUUGGCAGCUGCCAGUGCUGGAGGAGUUCUUGCAGGAGCCCUGUGCAACACUGAUCCAGAACUGAUCAGAGCCAUGGUUUUACAGGCUCCUUUUGUAGAUGUUCUAAAUACAAUGAUGAAAACUCAUCUCCCACUGACAAUUGAGGAACAAGAAGAAUGGGGAAAUCCAUUAGAAGAUGAAAAAUGUAUGAAGUAUAUCAAAAGCUAUUGUCCAUACCAGAAUAUUAAGCCACAGUGUUAUCCUUCAGUUUUUAUCACGGCUUAUGAAAAUGAUCAACGGAUACCACUAACAGGAGUCUUACGAUAUGUUCAGAAACUUAGGAAGGCUGCACUAGAUCAUGCCAGCAGAACAAGUAAGAAAGGAAAUUGGAUUCCUAAUAUCAUCUUAGAUGUCCAGGCAAAUGGCAGCCAUUGUGAUUCAUCUUGGGAGCACUCAGUGAGUGAGGUCGCAAGACACCUUGCUUUUCUCAAUAAAGAACUUGAGGAAGUAUGCCAUCUCCAACAUCAUAGCAAAUCCUGCAGAUAGCUAAUAAACACAAUGACCACCUGAA